AUGACUUUAUUACUGCGCACCAUGCGUGUCCAUUACCCUACUGCUACGGUACCUUGGACCCUGUGGAUGCUCAUUGCUGUAUCUUGGACCCAUCUAACCUCAGCAUCAUGCACCACCGCCCAGUGGAAACCUCUGGCCGGGCAGACAAUCGGCCUAGUCUUAAAGGCACUUGAUAUUACUAUACAGGACCUCAAGGCUUUGAACCCUUCUAUCGACGUUGAUUUGGCCAAGGAUUAUGACUUCUACGAUGUGCCGUAUAAGGAGAGAUUGGUUUUCGGCUCGUGGAGUACUGGCUGCCCACGCUUGCUUCAAAUUCCCCUCCAUCCAGUUGUACCCAUCCAUACCCCUACAGUCAGAAAAUAUGAAACAGGUGCCAGCUAUACUCAUGGCUGGAAAUUUUCAACUAACACAGGUCCGUAUGCCAUGCCCGGUACUGGCGUGAUCAUACGCCCGACAUCUACGACAGGCAAGGACCGAGAAGCGAGCAUCAUUGCUACUUCAUGUACCAUCUUGAAUAGCAUGUCCCAAAGCUUGGGAGUAAGCGAUGACGUCGCUGAUACGGUCGAGAAGCCAACAAGCGAAACGUAUGGUAAUAUACCAAUUGGAACGUUGAUGACUCUUAUACGGGUUCCGUCAGCCAGGACAACAUUCGACGAAGCGGUGGAACAAACCGCAGUAACUUCUGAUAACGAGAUAAAAACGUCGAUGGCGGCUCACUCGCAGAAGCCUACAGCGGAAUCGGUUUCAAUCAAUAUGCUAGGAGUCGAAUCUAUGAUGGGGAAACUAUAUACGCAGUUGGAGCAUUCGCAGGCAAUGUUGCACACAACAACAGCCGUAGAUUUGACUUCUCACGGAAUUGCAGAAACCACAGAAGUUUCGACAACGGUACUCACAACCCCACACAUCACAACAACUUUGACAGCGGAAUCAGAAGAUACCAACAGCCCAGUGCUGAUAACGUCGACAAUUACGCUUGUGGAGAAACAAACUGUCACGAGGGCUUCGCCCGGCCAAACGACUCUUCCAAAGCCUAUAUGUGGAGGUAAAGAUGACUUGCGAGGUCAUGUUGACAUUCAAGAUCAACGUGUAAGGCAGACUGCGUUUGAAUGGUGUUCCUUACCGGCUGUCAAGGGGCUCAUGAGUGCUGGUGAUGGAUGUGUAAAAGAUGUACAACGUGACUCGUGGGACGUCCUUUAUGAAUACUCCAUCUGUUGGGCGGAAGACUGCGUAGGCGAGUCACAGGACAGGCAGAAGCCCCUUGGGGAUGAAGGGCCUAGGUGUGAGGUUAUUCUUCACCAGUACAGCUGGAAAGCGUGCAAUAACGGAGGUGUGGGAGGGCAAGUCCAGGCUGGCUGCCUCAUCUACAAGAUACGAGCGGGGGUUGGAAAAGGCCAAGGUUAUUGA